AUGUUACAAAGAAAUGAUGAAAAUGAAAACUUACUUGAUAAGAAGAGAAUAAAGGAGGUCGCUCGGAACACACAGACACACACACACAGCAACAUGAAGACAGUCAUCGUGGUUGGAUUUGUUUUGGUGCAACAAGCGCUAGCAAGCUGUUACCCAGCAGCAUGCCUGUCACCGCCACCGAUCGACCUGCUGCUACCUCCGCUGGCAGCUCUGCCGUCACCGUGUGCUGCAGAAUUAGCAGCCCUCACGCCGACCCUCGCCACCUCGCUCUCAGCAUCAAUAUCCGCGACUUUACCACCUUUACUAGAGGCGGCGUUACCAACAGUACUUACCUCUGCAUUAGCGGCAGCAACACCUUUAGUAUGUGGUCAGCUACCACCCGCUCCUCUUGCUUUGCCGGCUGCUCCCCUCGUACUACCAGCGGCACCUCUCCUAGCUCCACCUGCAUGCACUGCCCCAGCUGCUGUAUACACCAUGCCAGCACCUCCUUGUGCGUUGCCGCCCCCUGCCCUUGCUUUGCCAGCCCCCCCAUGUGCGUUGCCAGCCCCUACCUUCGCGUUGCCAGCCCCUGCUUGCCCGUUGCCAGCCCCCACCUUCGCGUUGCCGGCCCCUGCUUGCGCCUUACCAGCCCCCGCACCUAUUUACUACGCGGCCCCAGCACCGGCUUGCACGCCUAUAUGCCUUUAA